AAAAUGGUGGGAUUGUGUGUUGAACUUAAUUCUGACACGUAUUUUCGUGAAAAUCGUAAAUAGUUUUUAUAAUUUAAAUGAUGUUUACAAUUGAAUAAUACUGUUUAAAUAGUAGUCUCUCGGGUGGCUAAAAAUGGAAUUUCGGGAGACAUUAUUAGCUGCUCAACGAAAUCAACAACAAAAGUCAUCUGGAAAUCUAUAUUAUAAAGCACGAUUUGAUCCUCCAAAAAAAGAGCAAAAACAAAGAGAUAGGUUGUCAGCUAAUAUACAGAAGUUCUUAGCAAAGAAAGAUGAAGAAGAAAGACAAAAAAAAUUGGAUGCUGAAAGGAAAAGGCAAGAGUUGCUGGCUAUGCGUGACCCCAAAGCUCUGCGAAAAAUCCAAAAGACUUUGAAAGUUAUAAAGUCAGCCAACAAAUCGGUAAUUGAAGAUGCAGUGGACCGAGACAACACAGCUAUAACACGGGAUGGUCCGGAUCAGCCUGAUCAAGACGACUAUGGCUAUGAAUCUCAGGAAGCGGCUGCACUUUAUCAGAAGAUGAUGCAGAAGUAUAGUAAAAUACCUGAGGAGCCAAAAUUUCCUGUCUCAAAUUCCACAGUAAAGAAGGAUUUAAAUGGCACUAGAGAAAGGGUGAAGCAUGCAUUGCAACAUGAAGAUGAGCCAGUUCCUCACAAACGAAGGCGAAAAGGGGAUGGGGAACGAGAUACAAGUCCUUCUUCAAAAUAUGAGCCAGAAAAAAAGAAAGAAGAUCAAAAACCUGAGAAACCGAAAAUACGGAAAGUAGCACCCCCACCUAUGGACUUUAAUCAAUUGCUCAAGCUUGCUGAACAGAAAAAAUGUGUACCUGUAGAUGUAGCAGGAAAGAAGCAAACAACAGAACAGGAAGCAGAUAGGUUGAUGACCAAAAAGCAGAAAAAAGAGUAUGAAGAGGAAUUAGCGCGACGGCAACGAAGGCAAGAACGAUUAGAAGCUGAAAAAGCUGCUUCAAGGAAAGGACCAAGAGAAGAGAAGCCACCUGAAAGAAAACCUGAACCCAGUUUUGGACGCAUUCCAAAACUGGGUGAUAAAAGUAAAAAGGAUAGCUUAAAGGUUGAUAGGGAGAGACAAGAAGAAAGAGAAAGAGACAGAGUUGAAAAACUACAGAGAGAAAAGGAUAGGAUCAAAGUAGAAAAAGAGAAAAUUGAAAGGGAACGAUUAGACAGAGAGAGAUUAGACAAGUUGAAAGCAGAAAGAGAUAGGAUAGAUAGAGAAAUGGAUCGGCUUAACCGAGAUCGGGAUAGGCUGGAUAAAACAAGAUUAAAAUUGGAAAAUAAUAAAACAAUAGAAAAGACUAGUAAACCUGUAGAGAAAGCGAUAGAUCGAUCAAAAUUAUUUUCUAAAGAACACGGCGGUAGAGAAGAUGCAAAGAAAAAUAUUGAUUUAAAAAGUCAAAACACAUAUAGGAUAGACAAAAACACUAAUGACAAAAAAUCCAUUAUUCCAAACAAAAGUAAUAAUGGUAAAUAUUUGAAUGGACAUAGCUCACAAAGUAAACCAAUGACAAAACUAAACAGGGAACAAAUACAAGUAAGAAAUGAUGCUAGGGACAAAGCUAUGGUGGCAAAACAGAAAACAUUAUAUAGCGAUGGAUCUCUUAAACUAAAUGGUAAGGUUGAUAAUGGCAAACGUCUUCCAGAAAGUAGUAAGGGAAUGCCUCUUAAGAGACCGGAUGAUAGAAACAUUCAAAAUAGUAACAAAUCUCAAGCUGGCAGCAGUAAACCCAAAUUAACAAGUACAUUUGAUUUUGACAAACAUGUCAAUUCCCUUAAAAAGAAUGGAAAUAUUGAUGGUGGUCGUCAAUUCCCACCAGGUGAUGUCAGAAGAAAAAUGGAUGAUAUAAGAAGAAAACAAAAACUUCGUACGGUUCAAUCAGACUCUGAAUAUGAUUCUGAAAUGGACGAUUUCAUAGAUGAUGGCGAGGAAAACAUGGAUUAUUCAAGACAUAUUAAAGAGAUAUUUGGUUAUGAUAAAUCAAAAUAUCGAGACAUGGAUGAUGAUGACGAUCCAAUGAUGGAGUCAAGUUUUGCGAGACAGCAACGUGAGGAGUAUAUCAGUAAAAAAAUCGGUAUAAUGGAAGAUUUAGAAGACAUGAAAUUAGAAGCAAUGGAGAAGAAGAAAAAAAAGAAGACAAGGCGGAUAAGCGACGAUUGAUCAAUAUAUAUAUUUUUUGUACUCCCUCAGGGUUAGUGCCUUCCCACUCGGCUCGUAGUGUACCCAUAAUUAUAUGGAAUGUAAAUGGUAAGAGAUAAUCACAAUCUUCAUCUAAACGCACUUUGUUUAACGUACUUUACGAGUCGUGUGCGAGGGCACUUAUUAAUUGCAAGUUGAUCGCAAGAUUGUAUCUAUAAUGUAUAUACAUGAAAUAUAUUUAUAUGAACAUAUACAGUUGUGUCAGAAUUGCUUAUAGAUUUCAUAUGCGAUUUCAGUAAAGUGAGUAAAAUGACUUUAUACAAUUUUGGUGUUAUUUAGUUCACUAAUUAUAAUUUUUGUUUUCAGUUAUUAUUAGUGUAUUCAUGACGAAUUAUUGCAAUUAAUAAUUGUCUAGUAUAACUAUAAAGAGUAACCAUUUCUUACAUUUUCACUUAAUAAGGGUUUAAUAUUUAGAUUAGUCAAGAUCAAUUUAUUAAUAGACAUAUUUACAAAUUUUGCUAUCUACUUUUGCUAUAAAUGACAAUUUAUAUAUUCAACAUAGUAUAGUUGAAUCAUUAGUAACCAUAUAAUGAUAAUUGUUAAUUAGAUGAUACCAAUGAAAUUGUGUGACUUAAACAAA